CCCCUUUUGGAGGAAAUGCAGUAUUUCUAGGAAACAUUUCUUCUGUUUUAUCUGUAACUGAUAUCAAAUGGCAAACACAAAUCGAAAGUAAGGGCACGUUGACCAUUGACGCAUUAUCCGCUAAAUAUAAUGGAAGUUCUACAUCACUAGAAAGAUCAACUCUCAUUAUCAACAAUGUAGAUAUGAAUGACAAGGCUUCGUAUGUUUUGAUAGCAUCUAAUAAACUCGGAACUACAACAAGCAAUGCCUUGCAACUUCAGGUUAUAAUGGUGCCGUUGGUUAGUUUAACUGGACCAUCACACGUGUUAGUGGGUACAACCGCCUUGUUAAAAGCGACCAUAAAAUCAACAGAGACAACCACAGACACCUGGUUAAGGGUAUAUAACGGAAUAUCCUACGUCAUUAUCAUAGACAAUAUCAAAUAUGUCAGAAGGUUUGUAAUUACGGGUGAUAAUGAGAUGGAAAAUAUACUAGAAAUUAGAAAUGUUGGAUAUCAAGACAUGGUGUUUUAUCAGCUACAAGUUUCCAAUUCUGCUGGGCAAAGUUUCAGCAACAAAAUACACCUAAAUCCCAUGAAAGCUCCACCGUUUUUGGCUGACUCUGCCCUUGUGAUGAAGAAUGUUGCCAUGGAAACAACUAUUGAGAUAAAUUUAAAUGCCACAUUUUUUACCAAUGACAUGAAUGGUCCUAUUGUUUAUUUUGGAAUAGCAGUUUGUUCCAAUUGUUCUGGUCUUGAUAAACAAUCACGCACUGCCAGAUAUAUGUGGGAAAGUCUUCCAAAUUGGUUUGAGGCAAGAAUGCAUCAAUUCACUCUGUAUCGGGCAACAAAUGACUACUUUAUGACGGCAAUAAAAUUACAUGCCAAUACGUUAAAGACGGACAGUAAAGUUGCUGUUAUAACCGGAUCAACAACAGGUGCCCUUGCGUUUGUGAUACUGACAAUUGCUGUUAUUCUCGUAUACAGAAAAUGCAGCGCAAGCGGAUACACACAAUUAAGGAGAAAUUAUAAUUUUAAACCUAUUCAGGUUGAGUGUUUAUUAAACCAUGUACACGAGUUAACCAAGGAAAACUGUGCAAGACUAAGCAACGAAUUUUCAGAAUUGAACUCACUCGUCACAAAAGAUACUGCAACUGUUGGAAAACUGAUGCAGAACUUCGAGAAAAAUAGAUCUUCAACUAUUACUUAUGAUUUCAAUAGGGUAAAGUUGGACAGCCCCUUGGAUUUACCAGAAAUGAAUUAUAUAAAUGCUAGUCAUGUGUUCAAUAACGAGUAUAUUAUAACCCAAUAUCCACAAAGAAGAACUAUGGCUGACUUUUGGAAGAUGAUUUGGGAGCAGGACGUACCUGCAAUAAUAAUGUUGGCUCCGCUGAAUGAAAUGGAAAUGUGCUUCCGAUAUUACAGACGAAAACAAGGAGCGUCGUGUAAAUUUGGUGAUGUGGUUAUCACGCUUAUGGCAACAUUUAUGUUUGGCAAGAACUUGAAAGUCAGAAAACUAAAUGUUCGUAGGAAAAGAAACAGAAAAAUUAGCAGAAUUAUCACCCAUUUCCAUGUAUAUGCCUUGGACGAAAGCACAAUUGCUAAAGACUUUGUUGGCUGUAUAAAAAUUAUUCGUUCGAAUAUACAGCUUGGAGCUCAACCACUUGUUGUGCACAGUGGAUCUGGUCAGGAAUGGAGCGGAGUUUUUGUCAUGCUGGAUUAUGUUAUUCAAAAGAUCAGAAAUGGAUCUAAUACAGUUGAUAUAUCUGCAGCAACUCUUCAACUUCUUGAUGAAAGAAUGGCAGUGCUUUCGAAGAAUCAAUAUGCCUUACUGUAUCUCUGCCUUGAGAUAUAUCUUAAACAGAGUUCUAUUAACCACGUAUCAAACUCAUCAGAUGGUGAAGGGUAUGAAACACGGAUCACUGGAGACUUCAGAGGUGGGAACAGGUGCCUAGGAGGAGUAUCCCCUGUCGACCAGUCAUCCCGCCGUGAGUCUUAUGUAUUGGUCAGGGAGUAUCUGUAG